AUGCAAAGGAACUAUGUGGCCCUAGAAGCUUGUGCAAACCGGGUGUUGGGGAUAACCCAGGCACCAGAGGCUAGUGCAAGUGGGCGGGCUGGGCCAUCGGGGUGUGGUACGGUGGUAGUAGCAUCCGCUGAUGUGGGUAUUCCAAUAGGGGUUCCACUACCGAAGAAAAAUAUGAUGAGUUUGUAUGAUCUAGAGUCACUGAAGGCAGAUUAUGCUAUACCUGAUUGUGUGGGGCUGAGGUUGCCCAUACCUACUAAAGCGGCUAGAUACCCUCCCGAGGGUUGCGUUAUGGUGUUCUCAGCUAUGUACAAACAUGGAUUGAGGUUACCAUUGCAUCCUUGGGUGCAAAUGAUGCUUUCCAGAUUGGGCUAUGCCCCUGGGCAGUAUAAUCCCAACUUCUGGUGUAUACUGCACGGGGUGUACAUAGCAUGGUGGUUGGCGAAACGAGGGGAGCCCUCCUUUGAGCAGUUCAUGCAUCUGUACUCAGUGUCCAGGCAACAGGGCAACUUUGGCUGGGUGCAGGUCAACUGUCGAAAGGCGAAGGAGAGAGGAUACUUUAUAGGGCAACCACCAUCGUCGCAGAAGACGUGGCGAAAUCGAUGGUUCUUUGCCUUUGGUGAUUGGGAGUGCUGGCCUGGGACGACCGUCAGCAAACAUGUGCCUACCCAUUUUCAAUCUAUAGGUUCUGUGAAGUGUAGGCCAGUGUCCAGGGAGGAAGAGGAAGAGAUAGAGCUGGUGAGGAGACAAGUGACCCAGGAGGCGCGUGAGCUGAAGAAUAUUGUGACACCAGCCCUUCUUCUACAGUCGGGGUUGCUUCAAGGAAUGGCUGAGGUACCGAAGAAUGUGGUGACCGUGGUUGAGAAGUCACCGAAGGUAGUUGUGGAUCCGGAGGAGAGGCAACGAAAGUUGCAAGAGAGAAGAGAGAAAGAUAGGGCCAAUAGGGCCAAGAAGCAGGCAAAGGGGGCGCCCAGUACUGCCGAGGGGACAGCAGCCCGGGCUGUUGGGAAGCGGCCUCGGACGGAGGAGGAUGAGCAGUUGGCGGAGCUGGAGAAGAAGCGAAGGGGACUCGAGUCCUCGAUCCAUGACGUCAUGGGUGGGACAGUGUUGCCGCCGUUCGACCUAGAUCCCCCACCCAGGCUGCCGCUCGAGAUGGAGGAGCUAUUCCCUGCAGGUACCGAGGAUAUAGACUUUGCCUCGGUCCGACGGGAGGCGAAGGAGGUAACCCUGGCCAUGCAUCGCCAGGAAGUGCCUCUUGUCAACGCCUUCCUGACUGGGGUAAAGAUUGAUGCGGGGGAGCUCGCUCGGACCAAGGCCACGGACUUCUCCGAUCGGGUCCAGAAGACGGUGCUCUCUGCCGCCAAUGCUUUUGGGGAUAUGUACCUCACCCUAGCCAGGGCGGAGAGAGAGGUGGACUUGGCUAGACGCCAUUCCGAGACAGCCAAGGCUGCUACCGCCAAGGCUCAGGCUGCCAUCCGGGAGAGGAAUGUGCUGCAGCUGAAGGUGGGGAGGUUGGAGCGGGAGCUAAAGGAGACGACCCGGCAGCUGGAGGCGGUGGAGGAGGCUAGGCUCGAGUCUGAGAGGAGGAGGACCGAGGAGUUGAGCAUGGCUCGUGCCGAGGCUGUGGAGAAGUAUCAGGGCUCAGACAGGUUCAAGAGCCUUGUGCUGGACGCGAUGGUCGAGGAGCAGUAUGGGUGGGAGAAACUGGUUGCGAGGUUUAAUCCAGGGUUGGAUAUAAACUUUGACACUAGUGGUGUUCCCCCUCCCAUUCCUUCGGUCGGGAGUCACUGUUUGCGGCCACUCCGUCUGCCGAGGCCAAGAGUCCUUCGGAGGCUGAGACGCGGGGAGGUGCCGAUGCUAGCGGAGGGGAGUCGACCGUGGAUCCUGACACAGCUGCCGAGGAGGAGGCGGACGACCAUGCUGAUGCCUGAGGGCUUGUUUGUAUUUUUGCUAUGA